AUGAAUCAAAAAUUAAUAUGUCCUUCCCAUCAUAAUUUAAUUCAAAUAGUUUGUUUGAAUGAAUAUUGCUAAUCAUUUCGAUUUAGUUGUUAUGAAUGUUUAAGCAAGGAACAUCAUCUUAGUCAUAUUAGAGAUGUAAAAAAAGUAUCGGAUUUUCUUGAUUAUAAAUUACAAAGGCAAAAAGAAGACUAAGAGUUUGUUAGUUAAUUUUAACAUUAUCUUGAUUAGAUAAUUGAUGUUUUUAAUUAAAUAAGAAACAAAUUACUAUUGUUAUACUAGACUAAAAUAGAUACUUUGGAUGAAAUGAAUGAAUUAUUGAACUUGUUUUUAUAACAACAUUAGGAGAAAUUUGACUCGAUCAUUUUGAAAGUUUAAUAAGAGUUAUUAUCUGUAUUAAAGAGCUACAGCGACAAUCUGAAUCAGAUAUCAAUUAAUUCAUUCUAAUCAAAUUUAGGGAAUAAGAAUAUCAAAUAUUAAUUAAUUUAAACAAUAAAAGAGAGCCCUAUUUACUCUUUUUCAUUUAAUUCUACUUCUUCGAUGCUUGCUGCAGGUUAUUCUACAGGUUAGAUUGCUAUUUUUGAAUUAGGAACAGAAUAAAUUAGAAAAUAGUAAAUAUUAAAAGAGCAUAAAGGAUCUGUUUAUUCAAUUGAAUUUUUUUAUCAAAAGGAUUGUUUUAUUUCUGGAGGUCAAGAUAGGGUGAUUUUAAUAUGGUCUUUUGAAAAUAAACUCUGGAUUUGUUAGUAAAGAAUAGAUGCUCAUUCAGAUUGGGUGAGCCAUCUUAUAAUUAAUAAAAAUAAUACUCUCAUUAUUUCUAGUAGUGGAGAUAAGACUAUCCAGUUUUGGAAUAAAGGUGAUUUAUGGAAACGUAGCUAAACUAUAACUGCUCAUUUAAAUACAGUGAAUAGUUUAAGUUUAAAUGAUGCUGAAGAUCAAUUAAUUUCAUGCUCAUGUGAUCAUACAAUAAAAAUAUUUGAAUCCAAAAAUUCAAAUUGGAUAAUACUUUAAACAAUUAAAGUAGAUAAAUUAGGGUUUAGAUUGUGUUUUAUUAAUAAUUUUACAUUUGUAUUUUAAUCUGAAAAUUCAAUAAAUUUAAGUGUUUAUAAAUUCAGCUAAUCGGAUGGCUUAUAUCAACAUAUUAAAAACGUUUUGAUAGAAAAUGGGAACUAUUGUGGCAAUUUAUUCCCUUCCAAGUAUAUAAGAUCCAAAAAUAUCAUACUAAAUAAAAAUGGAAAUAAAGUUAAUUUGAUUAAAAUACCUUCUGAUGAAGAAUUUAUACUAGAAGAAGUUAUUGAUUUUGGUACAAGAGCUAUAUUUGGAAAUAUAUCGUAUGAUGGACAGUAUAUAGCCACAUGGGAUAAGAAUACAAAAUAAAUAUAAAUUAGAAAAUAUGUUGAAUGA